UGAGGGGUACAGAGGGAGUAUCAUUUAUCAGUGUCAGUAUAUCGAAGAGGAUAAGCAGGGUGUUGAAUCGCAGAGAAGAUAGAAGAGACAAACAAACGAUGGCUGCCUUGAAUCUCUCUAGUCAUUUUGCAGCCACACUCUCUUCCCCAAACUCUCCUAGGUUCCAGUUUAAUGCGCCUAUCAGCUUUUCUAUCAGGUCCCAGCAGCGGCGAGUUUCACAUAGCAGGAAAGAUAGUGGUGGUAGUCGCGGUCGUAAUAGCCCGGGAGUUUGGAGAAGAAGAAAAUUGACAAAGAAAGAUGAGAAUAUGCAGUACAGUAUGGAAAGAACUCCUUUUCUUGAAGAGCAAGUGAGGAAGAUAAGAGAAGGGGGAGAAAUUAUGGCAAUGGAUAUAGAGAGACUACUCCUUUCAGAGGAAAACCGCUUUGCUUUUGUAAAUGGAGUUGCAGCCGAGGCUAAAGAGUAUGUUGAGAAAAAUCGAGAUGAUUAUGGUGGUGAAAAGAAAGCCAUCUUUCAUGUCCUGAGUAAUCGCAUGAAUGAUGCUGGCAUCUAUCGUCCAGAGGCGUAUGUAGUAGAAGACCCCUUCAAGCCAGGUCCUGGUUAUCUUAGGGAAGAACUUUAGUUGUCUUAUCUUUUUAGCGUAGUGUUGCGGCACAAAUACUCUUAUGACAUAUUAUCUCCUACUUUUAAUAUGGCAGAAUGGCAUAUUUGAACUCUGAAA